AUGGUUUCAUAUACUGAUCCUGCUGAUUAUCCAAAUCAAAGGCAAAAUAUAAAAAAGAUUUGUUGUUUUCUUGAAAAUAUUCGAUUAGAAAAUGUUUAUGAUGAAGAUACAAGUGAAGAUAGUCAAUCAGAAGAAUUAGUAGAAGUUAAUGAUCACCCUAGUGAUAUCGUAUCAAAUUGUUCGGGUUCAGAAAAAAUAACAGAGCAAGAAUGGCUUGAAAAUUCAAUAAAAAGUAAUCAAAUUAUCAAAUAUGAUUAUAAUUCUUUUGAAAAUAUUGAAUAUAUCGAAAGAGGGUUAUUUGGAGGCAUUUACAGCGCUAUAUUGAAGAAUGAAAGCAUGAAAGUGGUUAUAAAAUCUAUUGUUGUUAAUUCUAAUUCUAUGGAAUUAUUUGUUAAUGAGAAUGAUUCGGAUAAGAAAAUUUCUUAUAUUAUUGAAAGAAAACGAGAAAAGCCCAUCACUGGAACACCAAAAAGUUAUAUUAAAGUCUAUCAAGAAUGUUGGGAUCAAGAUCCAAAACAACGUCCAAAUAUUGAGAAAGUUACACAUGGCUUGAAUUUAUUACAUAAGUUGUUGAAUCAAUGGAGUGAGUAA